AUGAAACCCAAGCAUGAUGAUUGGGAUAUUAUCUGGAUGCGAGAGCAAAGACUCGGAUGCUAUACUAAGUAUUUGAUCCGUAUUGACUCGAAGUGGCUUGUGUAUAUAGACGCCGACAACGGUGGUUCACAUUUCGAGUCAUUCAACUUGGAGCAAGAGGGUCGCCGACGCAUGGAUCUAGGGGAUAUGGGAUAUGAUGCGUGCUGCGAAAUCCACGAGGAUCUUCUUUACUACAUCCAGCGAAAGGUCAAGUUUGUGCCGGAACCAGGUAGUUUCUUGGUCAGCUACCAUGGGAAGAUCUUUAUAAUUGAUGAAGAUCAGGAGGUUAUCUAUCUUGAUAGAGAGAUACUUUAA